CGACAGGGCAAGGCACUUUACUGUAACAUCAUGGCGACGCACGCGAGCUACGCCAUGUCGGAAGAGUAUGUGCCGCAGCACCAGGGCGGCAAGUACAGCGCCACGAACGCGAAGAAGCGGCUGGUGCGCAAGAUUCAACAGGACAGCUUGAAGCAGCUCUCGCUUGCGACGCAAGCAGUUCUCGUGCGAUCGCCGACGGAACCGUACCACUCGUACCACAUGACUAUCACGUCCGAGUACUACAAGCAGAAGUGGAUCGCGUGCCAUCGGUAUUCGGACUUUUACCGGUUGCGCAAGACGGUGCUGGAGGUGUUGUCGGUUCACGCGCGCAUGGGGUGUCCAGUGUGCCAGACCGUGCACGCCCAAGUCAAAAAGUUCGACUUUCCUCCCCGUGACAUCUUUCGACGGGGGGAACUUGACAAGCAAGUGGCGAUGCGCCUUCCGAUGCUUGAAGACUUCGUCGUCGCGUUGUGUCAGUACCUGUCCACGGAAGGGCUUCUCGUGCAUUGCCGCAAUAUCUUGACCGUUCAAAACAAGGUGGUAGUUCAUGGAAUCCUCCGUUAUCAUCACCAUUGCAUCAAUAACCUAUAUUUCUCCAUAUUCGAUCCAGAAUGCGCAUGCAUCAUGCAAUGUCUCAUCGCAUCUGACAUCGUUUCGACUUGUGCAGAUGAAAGAUUUUAUGCAGUUUCCACUCGCGCAUGAAGAGCAGCAUAUCCGUGCGAUCCGAUCCCUCACGUACGUGCGUUGAUCAUGCAUGCAUGUGUGGUCUCCUCCAUCGAGGCAUUGCAUGUUGCCAAGCAAAGUCAACGGGGAUAUUGUGAUGAUGGGAACAUCCGUAGAUAUGUGGACCCGCGGGAUGUGCAUGUCGAGACCGAGUCGUGCCCGAUCUGCUUGAACGACUGGGGCGAACUCGACGGCAACCAGCUCGUCUACGCGCAAUGCGGCCACUUUUUCCAUGAGCAUUGCAUCAACGAAUGGUACACGACGCGGUUUGACUGCCCCAUGUGUCGUCAUAUUGCUGGCGUGUAAGAAGCACCAACAUGGCCCGUGGCAAGCCGUUUGUCCGUUUAUUGAUCCUCACAUACAAAUCGAAACGUCAUAAAAUUUUGAUGCUCAUCUUUUUUGCGUAUCCUGAUACAAACAGCGAGGUAAUAAAAUACUUGCGAGCCGUUUG